AUGGCCGAGUAUGAUCUUACAAAGACAAUAAGUCAGUAUCUGGAUCGGCAUCUUGUCGUCCCGUUGCUUGAGUACCUUUCAGUUAAAUCGAUUUACGAUAAUGACUCCAUUUUGCGGAGUAAACUUGAUCUUUUAAUGAAAACCUCAAUGGUCGACUUCACUUGUCUCACAUACAGACUGCUUCAUAAGGUUGAGGAUGUGCCAGAGGAGCUAAUUAAAAAACGUCAAGACACCCUUGAUCUCAUUCGGGUUAUGGAGGAGAAGAUGGCACCAAUCGACAAGAUUUUCAGCACCGAAACUAUGAAGGAAAUGGUGCAGUGUAAGGUAGCCAAGGAGCUCUUCCAAAACUUGGAGGCUAAAUACGGCUUUAAACCAGAAAUGCUGGACGACAUGUUCGAGGCGGCUAGGAUCUUCUAUGACAGUGGCCUUUAUGAUACGGCUUCAGAUUACCUUCGUAUCAUUCGUCAACUUGUAAGUCCAACAGACAAGAGGCAUCUUCAUGCCUGCUGGGGGCGCUUGGCGGCUGAAAUACUGGUUCAAAACUGGGAUGAAGCGCUAGAUGACGUUGAGAAACUCAAGGAUGCGAUUGACUGUCAGAGCGACGAUAGACUCCGACCUUCUGCUGAAACUUACCUGUUCCAGCUCCAGCAACGGACAUGGCUCUUGCAUUGGUCACUCUUCGUUUUCUUUAAUCACGUUCAAGGAAAAGAAAAGUUGAUAGAUUUCUUUCUGAAUAACCCAAAUCAUCUUAAUGCAAUUCAAACACUGACACCGCAUCUUCUUCGCUAUCUGGCCGUCUGCGUUGUGGUGAGCAACGAUAAGAGGAAAAAGAAUCAGCUGCGCGAAGUAGUUCAUCUAAUUCAGCAGGAGUCGUACUGCUACAAAGACCCUAUAACUGAAUUCUUAGCUUGUCUCUACGUCAAGUUCGAUUUUGAUGGAGCUCAGCAGCAGUUGAAAAUCUGCGAGACUGUCAUUCCAAAUGACUUUUUCCUAACGGGUUGCUACGAGGAUUUCAUGGAGAAUGGUCGAUUGUUGAUGUUUGAGACCUUCUGCCGCAUUCACAAUUGCGUUGGAAUCAAAAUGUUAGCUGAAAAGCUGAACAUGAAUGUUGAUGACGCCGAGAGCUGGAUUGUCAAUUUGAUUCGAAACGCUGAAAUGGAUGCGAAGAUCGACUCCAAAAAGGGUCUCGUGUUCAUGGGAACGCAUACCGUAUCACCUUAUCAACAGGUAGUUGAAAAAACCAUAAACGGUGCCUUCACUGCCCACAAAUUACUCGACAGGCUCAAGAACUCGAAGGUGGACGCUGAAAGUUGGAGCGCCACAUCCAGGGCCUGA